AUGUCGGUUGAGAGAAUGGCAGAAGAAUUCGUGGGGCUUUUGGAUUGGUCUGAAAGUACGACGAAAGAAAACUGGGAAGAUUUUCUAGUCGACUUAGGAAGAGAGGUAACGCAACAGAUGCAGACUUGGAGUAAUGAAUGCUACAACGAACCGGGUACAGCCGCGAUCGACUUCAUUUACAUGAAAAAUGAUCUGGAACUGAUUGACUUAAACGUUCAAGCGAUGGAAAUUGGCCAGUCGAGAUCAGUAUAUCCUGCGAGCGGACAGAACACCUGGAUGAUCAUUGAGUCCCUCCCGAUCAAGAUCAUUGGAAUUCAAACGAUUCAGGCGACGCCUGCGAAAAUCAAAAAUCAAAAAAAAGUCUGGAAAGGAGUUGCGAGGAACACGAAAGCGAAGACAGAAUGGAAAGAGCUCGCAGAAGAGAUGAUACUCUUUUACCGGUGCCCUUUCUGUCAAAUUCUACUCACUCGGGACCUGUCCCGUUUCACCUUGCCUGAAGAUGGCCUUGUAGGCCGAAAGCUUGCAAAUAAAAUUACAAAAACUACAUUAUUGAAGACGUCAACCCAAUAA